UUAUUCUUUUUAGGUGUAUGCAAAAGUCCUUUCGACACAGUGUUUGACUGGAUUCAUAGGGAGAAGAAUGAAUAUGGGGAGACAAUAAUUCAAUUUAACACAUACUUCUUCAGAAAUGACUUGUAUUGGCUUUACGAAAAUCGUAACAAUCGAACACGCUAUGGAGAUCCCAUUGCACUCUCAGUUGGAUGGCGAGGAAUCCCAAGUAGUGACAUUGAUGCUUUUGUACAUAUAUGGACAUGGACAAGAGAUGCCAUCUAUUUCUUCAAAGGUACCCAAUUUUGGAGAUAUGACAAUGAAAGUGAUCAAACAUACACAGAGGAUGCAGAGGGAAAGAAAUAUCCCAAAUUAAUCUCUGAAGGUUUUCCAGGUGUUCAAGGUCCAAUUGAUACUGCUUUUUAUGAUAAAAGAGAUCAAAACAUAUAUUUCUUCAAAGGUUCAAAUGUGGUCACUUUCAAUGUGAAUACUAAUCAGAUUAAUGGAUAUCCAAAAAGAAUUAUAGAUGUAUUUCCACCAGUUGUACAGAAUGAUCAUCCCAUUGAAAAUCUGAAUGCUGUGUACUACUCAUAUCACUACCAGUCCAUAUUUUUCUUCAAAAGCAAUUUCUUUUGGAAAGUGGUCAAUGACCAGGAUAAAAAGCAGAACCCAUUAUUGCCACUAAAUGGACUAAUGCCUAUGAAAAAUAUAUCAGAUCAGUGGUUUGAUAUUUGCGAUGUCCAUUAUUCAAUGCUGAAUAAGAGUUAAAAUUGCUUUAGAAGUUUUCACAAAUUGGAAAACUGCGGAAGAAGAAGUGGUUAAUGCAUGUAUGACAACGGCUAUUUUGGAUGCUAAUGCAUAAUUAGCCUGCUUUUUAUACUUAAUGCUACAAGACAUUAUCCCAGGCAUAUGCAAAAUCAAGUGACUAGAAAUUAAAAGUGAAAACCAUCUGCAGUAAAGUUUGUGCUGGACUGUUGGUAAUUCCACAGAUGUAAAGAUUUUUAUAUUUGCGAAAUCAUAAUGCAUUAAGGCUGACAUAUUUAUAAUACCGUGAAAAUGGUAGACAAAUGUAGUUAAACAGUACUUAAUUUGUUUUCCAUUUAGGUACUACAUACAAAUAUUUUUUCUAAUUCAAACUGUAUGACAUCUUCAUCACCUGUUCCAGGUACACAUUUGCUUGGUAUCACUGUACACAGACUUUGAUUGACAGACUACAUGAUGGGUUGCUUUCAU